CAUGCUGCGGGACGAGGACACCGAGGCGGAUUUCCAGCGCUUCCUGCGCCGUGUGGACGAUGUCACUAAUUUGCUGCAAGGCCUGAACUCCCCCGACUCGGCUGUCAAGGAAAAAGCCAUCGCUGAGGCAGAGAAAAGGCUCSGAGAGCAAGGAGCCAGCAGGGAGGAGGAGGAGAGCAGAACCCCGGUGAACAGAACAGUCAUCAACACUUCUGGCACGGCRAGGGCAGAGGCAGUGGAUGCAGAUGGCUUCCUGGCAGCUUUGGAAAAGGAUGCCAAAGAACGAGCCCAGCGAAGGAAGAGGAACGGGCAGUUGGCAGAUGCCCUGAAGGAGAAGGGGAAYGAGGCUUUCAGGAGAGGAGAAUUUGCCGUGGCUGUGCAGAGAUACACAGAGGGGCUGCAGAAACUGCGGGACAAACAGGAGCUCUACACCAACAGAGCCCAGGCCUACCUGAAGCUCCGUGAGUAUGAGAAAGCCAUCAGUGACUGUGAGUGGGCUUUAAAGUGCAAUAGAAACUGUCUCAAAGCCUAUUUCCUGAUGGGGAAAGCUCACCUGGCACUGCAGCACUUCAGUGAGUCCAGGCAGUGCUAUGAGAAGAUGCUGCAAAUCGAUCCCCAGAAGGAAAACCUCUUUAAAGAAUGUGUGAACGAGGCAGAGCUGGAGGAGAAGAGGSUGAAGGAUGAGGAGAGGGCAGCGAGAAUGUUUGAGUCUGGGGAUGUCACUGCUUUAUCCAUCCAGGAAUUGCUGCAGAGGAUCAACAGCCCUGAGCAGGAUCUCCCCUACUACACAGGGGGUAUCAGGCUGCUGGCAGAGCUGGUGAACAAUUGCACUGAGCAAACAUUUUUUCGGACAAACAAAGGCUUCAGUCUCCUGAGGAACGAGGCUGUCAGAGGGGCCUUCUGUGCAGAGAGGAAAAGCGCUGCUGAGGUGGAGCUGUGUGUGUCCCUUCUGCUGCUGUGGCAGGCGGCCUGUGCUGGGAAUGAGGAAAAUCAGCGUCUCCUGCUGGCCCAGCCCGAAGUGAGUGCUCAGCUGCCAGAGCUGCUUUCCUCUGGCACACCCCAAAUCCAGAGAGAAACCUUGGCACUGAUYUCCCUCUGCUCCGAGAACGAGAAUGGGAGGAGGCUGCUGCUCAGGCAGGACCUGAGCAGAUGGCUGCAGAUUUUGAUGGCAUUUGUCAAGAGCACCGAUGCAAGGGCUGACAGUGCCAUGAACAUCCUGUCGGACUUAAUGGGGGAGGAAAGGUUCCAAGCCCAGUGUCGGGUCCUGUUCUCCACAGGAGUUUURCCUUUAUUCACCCAGCUGCUGGAGAGCAGCAGCUCUGACUAUCAGCAGUGUGUGUUUGCAGUGCUGGGGCUGAUGAUGAACCUGCUGCUGGAGUCCAACAGCACCAUCCAGGAUUUUGCUGAGCCCAUCAGUGGCCAGUGCCUGGCUCUGCUCAGCCAUCAGGACGGGAGGAUUGUCACAAGAGCUGUUGGAGUGCUGAGCCGUGUCCUGCCAGCGUCUCCCUCAACAGUGGAGGAAGCAGUGAAAGGAGGAGUGGUGAAGAAAAUGCUCAAAUUCUUAAAAGCUGGAGGGCAGCUCACAUCCACCUUUGCCAUCAAAACCCUGUCUGUCUGCACCCAGAGCAGCAGGAGAGCUCAGGAGGAGCUGCUGAAGGGGGAUAAACGUGAGUGCAACCCCAUUUCAUGGCUUUGGGGCUGUUUGUGGGGCUCUCCACGGGAUAUUGGCCUGCUUUUAAAACCAGCGGGGCUGCAGCAGAGGGGGCACAUCCAUCAGCUGAGGAAGCUCAAUGGAUUUGCCAUCCUGAAAUCCUCCAUGAAAUAUGUGCACAGCUGA